AUGGAGAGUCCUCAUGAGCACCAGCAGACUGUGCUGCUAUCGCGUAUCAUCACCAAUGUUGAAAAACUCAACGAGGCUGUCAUGGUCAUGAACAAGAGUCUCCAGGAAGUCAACAUCCAGAACAUGAAUGUAGAGCUGGUUGCUCAAAUGUUCAAGAACUACCAGUCCAAUGUUCUCUUCCAUCUCGAAGCUACGGAGAACCUGAAGGAGCCCACGACCGAAGGCUCUUCAUAG